AAAAAAUCUCUCACUCGGGCGCCCACGUUAACGGCACCCAGUUGCUGUUGUCGACACAGCCUGCUGGACCUGUAAGAUGGAGACGGAGAGCUGUUUGCCUUUCUCUUCGCAGACCAGCAGGAGGACGCCAACAAACUCUCCGGGACUCGAGCACGGCGGCUCCAGCUCCUUUCUCCCCUGCGAUGAGCUCCAGAAAUCGCACCUUCCUCCGCCUUCUCUUCCACACCGUCUCAGCCUGAGAGGGGAUCUCUACACGACCGCAAUGGGGAGGUUUGGUGAUGCUGCGGUGGACUUUACGCACGGCGCUUCUCCAGCGAACCCGACCGGUUCACCGUCCAAACACAGCAAGUUCUUGGACAGUAUCAACCAGGACCAGAAAGGGGUGGCAAUAAGCGGCAAACCGUCGUUUUAUGAGAACAACACGGACGUUCGGGACAAAGGCACUCCAAAAACCAUGGGCUAUCCUGGGAUUGUCACGGACUGUUGUGGCAAGCUCAAAGAGCCAGGCAGUGGUUUACAAGGAGAUUCUAUCGCUGACUCCAUUGACUUAUCUGGCAAAAACAAGAAGCGACGUAAUCGCACGACCUUCAGCACAUUUCAACUGGAGGAGCUGGAGAAAGUGUUUCAAAAGACACACUACCCCGACGUGUACGCCCGGGAGCAGCUGGCGCUGCGGACGGAGCUCACUGAGGCUCGGGUUCAGGUUUGGUUCCAAAAUCGCAGAGCUAAAUGGAGGAAACGAGAACGCUAUGGGAAGAUCCAGGAGGUUCGCAACCAUUUUGCUGCUACAUAUGACAUUUCUCUACUUCCUCGCCAUGACGCAUACCAGAUGCAGGGCAAUCUGUGGCCGGGGGCAGCUUCAGGAGGAGGCGGUGGUUCGGGUGCAGGCUGUGUCCUAGGGGCUGACUCUAUCUCCUCAUCCUGCAUGAGUCCGUACCCUCACCCCCACAGUAAUCUGCAGGGCUUCAUGGGCAUGCCCACAUCAUCCAGCCACCCGCACCAUCACCAUCACCCGCCUCACCAUCCAGGCAUCAACAGUCUCUAUUCUCUCCACGGCUUCCCAGGAGGCCUCGGGUCGCCUUCCAUCGAGGGCCCCGAGACCGAAUACAAGCCAACAGGCCUGGUGGCGCUGAGGAUGAAAGCCAAGGAACCAGGCAGCAUCCUCUCCUGGCCAACAUGACCAUAAUAAUGCCAGCUCCCCAUUAUGCACUGACUGAGCCGCAGCAUAUUACAGUCGUCACCCAUACACGAUCCCAGAUGUACAUUUGUGGAUUUGACUCGAAUAUUUCCUCCAAACAUUUAUAUAAAUCAACUUAGAGACGUGUUGCUAUUCAGAACUGUUGGAACAGGCAUUUUGCAAACAAUAAGGCCAACUUGAGAAUCUUGCACAAAACCCAACUUAUUAAUACAAACAUUCUUGUUUCCAGUUCUUAUUUUGUAUCACAGUGCUGAGACCAAAGAGGAGAAUUAUUUAAGCAUGUAAAAAAUGUAUCAUAUUAAUCCCUUUUAAUGUCUGUUGUGUUGUGCGUGAGUAAUAAAGGGCUCCAUGUAAA